GUGAGGAAUCGUGCAGGUUUUUUUAUUUUUAUUAUUAUUAUUUUAUUUUUUUUGGGGAGGGGGAACGGGGGGGCGUAUGACAGGAAGAUGGGGAUAUGGCAAGGAGAGGGGGAUAUGGAGAGGAGGACGAGGAUGUGGACGAGGAGGACGACGAGGAUAGCGAGGACGACGAGGAGGAGGAGUCGAGAUGGGGGAGGAGAAGAGAUGGACGGAGGGAAAAGAGGAAGGGCAGGAGGAGGAGGACGAGUGGGAGGAGAAGACAUGGACGGCGAGGAAGGGGAGGAGACGAGGAAGGGAAGGAGACGAGGAGGCAUGGAAGAUGAGGAAGUACGAGGAGGAGGAGGAGACAAGGAGGAUGAGGAAGGGCAGGAGGAGGAGGCCGAACAGGAGGAGGAGGAGGAGGAGGAGGAGGAGACGAAAAGGAGAAGGGAGGAGGAGACAUGGAGGAUGAGGAAGGGGAGGAGGAGCAAGAUCGCGCUCGAGAAGAGCGAGCUUUUCCUCUCGGAGAUCUCGUUCUUGGGUUACGUAGUGACACGUGGAGGACUGCGACCAGACUCGAGGAAGGUCGCGGCGGUGAAAGAUGCUCUUGUCCCCACGUCAAUGACGCAGGUUCGAGCUUUCCUGAGACUAGCAUCGUACUACCGACGUUUUAUCAAAGGCUUCGUUGCGAUUGCGCGACCACCGACGAAUCUGCUGCGAAAGGACCAGCCCUUUAGUUGGGACACAAAGUGCGAGCAGGCCUUCGCCACCCUCAAAGGCGCUUUGGCGACCGCACCUGUUUUUAUCUGGCCGGACCCUACGAAGCAAUUCAUUCUUAUCACAGACUGGCAGCCAGAAGCGAUCUUCGCUAUUCUAGCGCAGAAGGGGAACAACGGUCGAGAACACGUCAUUGAAUACGCAUCUCGCACGGUGUCAGACGAACAAAGGAACGACUCAGCCCCGCAAGGUGAAUUCUAUGCCAUAGUCCGGGGAAUCCAACACUUCCAUCCAUACUUGUACGGGCAUAAGUUUCUCCUUGUAACCGAUCACGAGUCAUUACUGACUCUCAAGAAGCUCACUAAUUACACGGGUAUGAUUGGAUGGUGGGCGGUGCGCCUACAGGAACACGACUUCGACAUCAUCCAUCGAAAGACAGAGAGGCAUGGCAACGCGGAUGGGUUGACACAUCUGCAUCACCCCGCUAAGGUACCGAAGCGCGAAGAAAUCAUUUUGUGGAAGGAACCGGAGUCAGCGAACGGACCCAAGUACGGACAAGUGGCAGUCCUUCCACGUGGCAAGAGGCAGAGUUCUGAUUUACGAGCCAUCGUCAAGCGAUCAUGUUGGCAGAAGCGACAGCGGUUCGAUGGCUGUCAAUAGUCGUCGUUAUCAUUUUAAGGUGUCACUCUUUGAGGGUGGUAUAGUCAUACCAGAGUUGCACAUAUUUCGAG